UUCGGAAACAGAGGGGAAAGUCUUGCGUGACAGAAGUCUGAAUUAGGAGGAGGAGUAUAUGGCAGUGGAAUCAGUCCUGUGUUUAGGAGUCCUGUGGGAGGAGUUACAAGAGGGUACAUAAGAGAGGACAUAGUGGGUUCCUGUCUCAGCUCACCUGGUCGCCGCCUCAGCACCUUCACUAGUGCUGCCAGUGUGUGUUUCUCUUGUGUCUCUCUCCGUCACAAGACCAGACUGCAACGCUUGACAGUAUGGCCAAGUUGUCGUUAUCAGUUGUGUUGCUGGUGGCGUUAGCGAAUGUGGCGAGUCCUCAGUGUAUCUCCAACGACGACAAGCUGACCCUGUCCCUCACCCCUGACCUGGAGCACAUCACCCCCUUCGGCUUGGAUCUUCUGAAGGAGUUCAACCCGCCCACCACCACGGGAAACUUUUUCUUUUCCCCUUAUAGCAUCUGGAACGCCCUCGUCCUGGCCUACUUUGGGUCGGCUGGACAAACCCGUCAGCAAUUACAGGAUGUCCUGCGCUUGAGCGACCCAUCAAACACACUGGCAACCUACAAGGCCCUAGAACGCUUGGAUGAUGAGAGACAGAAGAAUUCCAGUGAAUAUGUGAUGGACUUUGCCAACAAGGUCUAUGUCAACGAAAACUUCUCGAUUCGGGACUGCAUCCGGGAGGUCCUUCCCAACGAAGUGCAGAGUAUCAACUUCGCAAAGCCGGAAGAAGCAGCGGCGACGAUCAAUCACUUUGUGAACCAGACGACACGAGGCAAGAUCCCAACAUUAGUGUCAGAUGCCGACGUGAAGGAUGUUCCGAUGGUGCUGGUGAACGCCGCCUACUUCAAGGGUCUCUGGAAGAACCCCUUUAAGCCCAAGUCCACGCUCAAGAAGGAAUUCUACCCCACCCCAGAUCAAAAUGUUCUCGUUGAUAUGAUGAGCCAAACUGACGAAUUCAAAAUAGUCGACUCUCAGGAGCUGCAGGCGACUGUGUUGGAGAUGCCUUAUGAGGGAGGGGCGGCCUCCAUGUUUAUAUUGCUGCCUUUCAAAGAAGGUGCCGGCGACACCAUCUCUGAAGACAUUAACCCAGGUGAUGAGUCUGUCCCUGGUGGUGGAGUCAUCAUUGCUAAAGAUUCCACCAAGCCUAUAACUGGUUCUGGUUCUGAAAACUCCACCACUUCUGAAGGCUCCACCACUUCUGAAGGCUCCACCACUUCUGAAGGCUCCACCAAUUCUGAAGGCUCCACCAAUUCUGAAGGCUCCACCAAUUCUAAAGGCUCCGCCACUUCUGAAGGCUCCACCAAUUCUAAAGGCUCCGCCACUUCUGAAGGCUCCACCACUACUGAAGGCCCCAUCACUACUUCUGAAGGCUCCAUCACCAAUUCUGAAGGCUCCACCACUUCUGAAGGCAGUGCUACUGCUGAAGGAACUUCUACCAGUGAAGGUACUCCUACCUCUGAGGGCACUUCUACAACAGUUACUACCACCUCUGAAGUCACCGACACUUCUGAAGGCACCUCCACUUCCGAAGAUACCACAGCUGAAAGAACUUCUACCACUGCUGAAGGCAAUUCUACCACUGAUACCUCUACUACUGUUGAACGCACUAGCCCUGACGAAGGCACCUCCGCUGUAACGCCCCUCGACGCUCUGUUGCAGCGUCUCACUCAGGACACCUUCAGCGCCGCCGUCAAAAAUCUUAAAAAUCAGGAUGUUAUUCUUAAGGUUCCUAAAUUCACACUGGAACAUACAAUUAGUGAUGAAUUAACCAAGGUCCUUCAACAUUUGGGGAUCCAAGACCUUUUCACGGAAGCUGCUGACCUCUCUAAUUAUGCUUCUGGUAGAAACUUGUUCGUUGAGAAGGGGGUUCACAAGGCCGUGGUGGAAGUAAACGAGGAGGGUUCUAAGGCUGCUGCGACCACGGGAAUCAUCCUCCAACUGUCAUCACUACCAAUCAAUUCCGGCCCUCGUGAAGUCACUUGUGACCGCCCCUUCGUGUUUUUCAUUAAUGAUAACCUCACAAAAAACAUUCUUUUCAUGGGAGUCUACAGAAAGCCAUUGCUGGGUAUCAUUGAUGAAGCAACCACUGACAUACUGGUGCUGGGUAUCAUUGAUGAAGCAACCACUGACAUACUGGUGCUGGGUAUCAUUGAUGAAGCAACCACUGACAUACUGGUGCUGGGUAUCAUUGAUGAAGCAACCACUGACAUACUGGUGCUGGGUAUCAUUGAUGAAGCAACCACUGACAUACUAGUGCUGGGUAUCAUUGAUGAAGCAACCACUGACAUACUGGUGCUGGGUAUCAUUGAUGAAGCAACCACUGACGUACUAGUGCUGGGUAUCAUUGAUGAAGCAACCACUGACAUACUGGUGCUGGGUAUCAUUGAUGAAGCAACCACUGACAUACUGGUGCUGGGUAUCAUUGAUGGAGCAUCCACUGACGUACUAGUGCUGGGUAUCACUGAUGAAGCAACCACUGGCAUACUAGUGCUGGGUAUCAUUGAUGAAGCAACCACUGACAUACUGGUGCUGGGUAUCAUUGAUGAAGCAACCACUGACAUACUAGUGCUGGGUAUCAUUGAUGAAGCAACCACUGACAUACUGGUGCUGGGUAUCAUUGAUGAAGCAACCACUGACAUACUAGUGCUGGGUAACUUCGAACAUUACACCAAGGAUUACAUUAUAUCCCAGUAUUAUCAGAAUUUUUUUCGUACAGGUGACUCGAACGAUCUGCGGGCGACAGUGCUGGAGAUGCCGUACAAGGGCGAUGCUGCUUCCAUGUUUGUGUUGCUGCCUUUUAAAAAUAUUAAAGGCACCUCUGCUACACCCCUGGACACUAUGUUGCAACGUCUCACUAAAGACUCCUUCAGCGCCAUCGUCAAAAACCUUACACAACAGAAAGUUAUUCUCAAUUUCCCAAAAUUCAAGUUGGAACAUAAAAUUACUGGAGAACUUACCGAGGCUCUUCAUCGUCUGGGGAUUAAGGACCUGUUCACGAGCGCUUCUGACCUUUCAAACUUUGAUCCUGCUGGACGAUUGUUUGUGUCGAAAGGGAUCCACAAGGCUGUGGUGGAGGUUACUGAAGAGGGCACAGAAGCAGCAGCAGCUACGGCGCUAAUUUUGGAAGUAACAUCGGUAUUCGGACGACCACCACCCCCUCGUGUCUUUACUUGUGAUCACCCCUUUGCUUUCGUCAUUACUGACAAAGUUACCAACAACAUUCUUUUCAUGGGAAUUUUCAGGGAUCCAAACGGCACCGCAAUGUGAAGAAUGGAGUAUACCAGAUCAUAACAAAUGACGGAGAUGAUUUAUAUAGAUUUUACACCAUACGAAUAUCUUAAAAGCUCUGCUUUUUGUUCAACAUCACUUUGACAGAUUUGUAGUUUCUCGACUACAUAUUGGUCAUUACUUCAGCAUUUCACACAUUAAGAAUAUGGAUAAAAGUAACAUUGUUCCUGAAUAUAUCCUACACAUGCAAUCCAUUCUAAGGCAGAGAUACACCAGUCAGACUAGAGGACAUCAGGAAAAUAAAACAAAUUAAAGAGA